GAGGUCCUUACUGUUCUUGUUACUCAGAAUAAGCUCCCCAAUCCAUAGAAUAUCGCCAUGUAGUUACCGUACGCUACAGAUCAAACCGCUAAUCGGCCCAACGCUUGUCAACUCCCGCCGCUUCCUAUGCCUCGCCGGCCCGCACACACCACGCACCUCCACUUCGACAGUUACACCUAACGAGCCUUUCGCGUUACCGCUAGAUACAGCUACGCGUCUUGGUCAUCAAGUGUGUUGCGUACACUUGUGAACGUCUUAAUCGUCGCUCACGCAGUCAACCUGUGGUACCGGCGUGGGUUCCCGCCUGACAUUCCGGAUUCAAGGAAAUAAUUCCGCCGCGUUCACAGUGCUUAGUUCUCUUGCUGCCGGUACCUUAGUAGCCGUCGCGCGUGAGCAGCAGUCACAAACAGCAAGCAGCAGUCACCCCGCCGUGAGCGUACUGGGCUUGAGAAUCCAGAAGAUUGGUUGCCUCGCUUAUCGUCAAAGACUUCUUUGCAAGACCGUGCAGGUCCUACACACGCGCGCUCCUCAGGAUUUUUGGCCGCGCGCCCGCGGCGGAUGAAGCCUCUGUGAGACAUUGAGCCAGAGUCGGGACAUUCCGAGUCGGGCGCAAUACUAUGACGAGCAACAACGGGCUUCCGCCCAACUGCCCGCCUGACGGAUUCGGCCUUCCACAAUAUUUCUACAACAACUCGGGCAGCUGCGCGCAGCAGACGUCGUUCUUUGCCGGGCAUCCGCUGCUGUCGGUGGGGGUUGGGUACGCCGUUGUGCUGGGCUUUGGGGCGUUCUUCGCCAUCUUUACCUCCUGGCUGGUGUGGCUGGACAAGCGCUACGUGGGCACGCGGCAGAGCAGCGAGUGGUUCAACACGGCUGGCCGGAACGUGAAGACGGGGCUCAUAGCGAGUGUGAUUGUAUCGCAGUGGACCUGGGCUGCCACCAUCCUGCAAUCCUCCAAUGUCGCCUUCCUGAACGGAGUGAGCGGGCCGUUUUGGUACGCCAGUGGAGCCACGGUGCAGGUGCUGCUGUUCGGCAUCAUUGCAGUGGAGAUCAAGCGCAAGGCCCCCAACGCACACACUGUCUGCGAGAUAGUCCGUGCCAGGUGGGGCACGGCGGCGCACGUGUGUUUCCUCUGCUUCUGCUUCCUCACCAACACCAUCGUCACUGCCAUGCUCUUGCUGGGCGGCGCUGCCGUCGUCACUGCGCUCACCGGCCUCAACGUGUACCUCGCGUCCUUCCUGGCGCCAAUCGGGGUCAUCUUCUAUACCCUCGCUGGGGGCUUGAAGGCCACCUUCCUGGCGUCGUACAUCCACAGCGCCAUAGUCCACGGGGUGCUGGUGACCUUUGUGCUGCUCGUCUACUGCUUCAGCCCCUCCCUGGGCUCUCCCUCUGCGGUCUUCAACAAUCUGGAGUUCGCUGCCAGCCCAACGAGAGACUGCCGCCUCACCAACCCCGGGCAGGUGUGCGGGCCGGUGGAGGGCAACUAUGAGGGCUCGUACAUGACCAUGCUGUCGUCAGGCGGCUUCAUGUUCGGCGUUGUCAACAUCGUGGGCAACUUCGGUGCCGUCUUCCUUGACAAUGGAUAUUGGAUGAGUGCCAUAGCGGCGCGCCCCUCGUCCACCCACCGGGGGUACAUCCUCGGCGGGCUGGUCUGGUUCGCCGUCCCCUUCUCCCUCGGCUCCUCCCUCGGCCUCGCCUGCCUUGCCUUGGGAUUGCCCAUCACUGUAGAGGAGGCUUCUAGGGGGCUAGUUCCCCCCGCGGCUGCAGUUGCUCUUAUGGGGGAUGCUGGGGCGGUGCUUAUACUCAUUAUGGUGUUCAUGGCCGUUACGUCGGCAGGGUCUGCAGAGCUCCUUGCGGUUUCCUCGCUUAUGACUUACGAUGUUUAUCGGACGUAUAUCAACCCGAAGGCGACCGGGCGGCAGAUCCUGUUUUACUCUCGGGUUUUCGUGCUUAGUUACGGUUUAUUUAUGGGCGUGCUGGCGGUGGGGCUUAGCGAAUUACAGGUCUCUCUAGGGUGGAUGUACCUGGUAAUGGGUGUGCUUAUAGGCAGCGCGGUCAUACCUAUAACGAAUCUGCUUCUAUGGAAGAAGGCGAAUGCAGUGGGAGCGAUAGCUGGUUGCGUUAUUGGGAUGAUUUCGGGGGUGGUAUCCUGGAUCACUGUAGCGGCUGUGAUGUACGGCACUGUAGAUCUGAAAACUACAGGACAGGAGGCACCGACACUGACAGGAAACCUGGUGUCGCUGCUUGUGGGCGGCAUCGUGCACGUGACUCUGAGCCUCAUGUACCCCGACCACUGCGACUAUUCCACCACCCGGGCCAUCCAGCUGGUGGACCGCGACUGGGACUCUGACAUCCCCCCCUGGGAGCACGACGAGUCGCGCCUCAAGCGUGCGCGCCACUGGAUCGUCCUCUGGGGAGUCUGCCUCUCAGUGGUCCUCCUAGCCCUCUGGCCCCUCCUCGCUCUCCCUGCCGGGGUCUUUUCCCUCGGGUAUUUUACUUUCUGGGUGGUGAUUGCCAUUGCGUGGGGCGUGGUUGCAUCCGCGGUGAUUAUUUUUCUGCCCGUUUACGAGAACUGGCGCGGGUUAUUGCUGGUUAUAGACGGGUUAUUCACGAGCGAUAUAUUGCAGGAGAAGGUGGACGACAUCGGGCUGAGGCUGGCUGCGAUCAUGGCUACCAUACCUGAGGCGGAGGCUCGGUAUCUACAGUACAAGAGGGAGAUUAACGAGCUUCGGCAUAGAAGCUCGGGAGUGCCUAGCAGUGAGGGCAAGAGCCCUGAUCAGGGGCUGGAGCAGGGGCAGGGGCAACAGCAGCAGCAGCAGCUUCAGCACCCGGGGCAAUUUCAAGAGCUACAGGUGGACGGGCACAUUGGUCAGUAGCAGUUGUGAAGGACCUUGGCCUGGAAACAACGCAUUGCCAUUGCCAAUUUAAAUUGUAAUGUGCUGUGCUGGCAGUGAUGUUUGCUCUGCUGACAAUGUGGUAUGUCGUGUUUGGGAAUGGGGUGCAGUACUCCAUUAGAGUGGACUUGCCUUGACAAAAGAUUUCAAUAAUCAUCAUAUAAGCUC